CCGCGCUGUGGGAGCAAGAGGCAACCCUCGCCCAGCCGAACCAGGCCCCUCCAGAGCUGCAGCGCCGGACCCCGCCUCCGAACGCCGCCACCAUGAUCGGGCAGAAGACGCUGCUUUCCUUUUUCACGGCGGCGACCGGCAAGAAGCGGAACCGCUCACCGGAACCAGGCGAGACUGCUGAGGCCUGCUCCCCGAAGAGGUCAAAGGCUGACGCUUCCUCCCCUCGCUCUCCUCCUCUGAGCCCGGAGCAGCUGGAACGGAUCCGUAGGAACAAAGAGGCGGCUUUGCAAAGACUCGCAGCCCGCACUAACAGCCUUGUCCCCGCGGAGAUUGGGCGGGGCUGGAGGGUCUCGCUUACUGGAGAGUUCUCCAAGCCCUAUUUCUCCCAGCUAAUGGCCUUUGUUGCUGAGGAGCGCAAGCGUUACACUGUUUACCCACCCCCACAUCAGGUUUUCACCUGGACCCAGAUGUGCGACAUCCAUGAUGUGAAAGUCGUCAUCUUGGGCCAAGACCCGUAUCAUGGGCCCAAUCAAGCGCAUGGCCUCUGCUUCAGUGUCCAGAGACCUGUUCCACCUCCACCCAGCUUAGAAAAUAUCUACAAAGAGCUUGCGACAGACAUAGAAGACUUUUCUCAUCCUGGACAUGGGGACUUGACAGGGUGGGCCAAACAAGGAGUCCUUUUGCUCAACGCUGUCCUCACAGUCCGAGCACACCAAGCCAAUUCCCACAAGGAGAAGGGCUGGGAGCAGUUCACAGAUGCAGUGGUGUCUUGGCUGAACAAUAACCUGGAUGGGCUAGUCUUCAUGCUUUGGGGAGCCUAUGCUCAGAGGAAGGGUGACUCUAUUGACAGGAAACGCCACCAUGUCUUGCAGACGGUCCACCCUUCACCCCUCUCUGUGCACAGGGGUUUCUUUGGCUGUAAGCAUUUCUCAAAAACUAAUGAAUUGCUGCGAAAAUCUGGGAAGAAGCCCAUUGACUGGAGGGCACUCUGAAUGGUUUGUCUGGCCUUGGGAAGCUGCUGCAAUCUAAAACAGACAUUUAAGAGUGGCAAUUUUACGAGCCUGGAGGAGUCUAGAAAUUUCAUCUUUGCAGUCCCUUUCACUGAAUGGGACAGGUGAUCUAAACAGUUUUUUUAAGCCCUCUUACUCUGGACUAUUCACUGCGACUAUUCCCAAGAAUACUUUUUGAGGCUUGAAGGUAUGCAUUUCACAUUCCAGGUGCAUUUGAGUGCAAAUUAUAUAGGAGCAAUAUAAAUUUUUGUUCUUAGAUUGGGGCCCAAGUAAAUGUUCUGUGCUAUUAUAAGAACAUUUUAUUUUUAUUCCCUAUCUUGUUCCUGUUUUUUGAGGAGCAUGGAAGUACUUCUUCAUUUCUAACAGCAAAGAAGCUAUUUUUCAUUUUGGUUUCUUGUUACAGAAAAAGUUACCAAACAAAGCAGUUUGGCAUCUAAGGUGGCCUCACGUUUAGGCUUCCAAGCUGGCCCUCUUGUAAGAGGUAGGUUAAAAGUUUUUCUGUGAGCUGUGGUUCUCAGCUUUAGUCGUUUCUGUAGCCUGAAGGAACUGGAUUCCACUGGCUCCCCUCCUCACUCCUAGACACAUUGUGAGGAUGAGGCCAAGUGUGGGACAGCUUUGCAUUGUGUAGAAGGGAGAAUGAGCUGCUCUCAUUUCCCACUUCAGAGUAGCAUGACAAUGGGGUACGCUGCAUUUGCCAAACCAAAUACCCAUUAAAAGCAGAUGUGAAAUUUGGUGUCCCAGAGCAGUGUUGGUUCUGAGAUUUGGAAGUCUCCGCAACAUUUGUAAAUGCAUUUAAAUUAUAUGUAAAAUCAUGCUCUUUGGAAGUUGGUCAUCCAUAGCUUCCAUCAGUGCGGGAAAAUCUAUGGCAUUCCUCUUGUACAAGCCCUUGCAAAGGGGUGUGUGUGUGGUUACACCAGGCUUACCAAGCGGUGAUGUACAUUAUGCUGUUCUCACUGCCAUCCACCAAGUCCUUAAGUAUUCCUCCUUAGUUCUUGCUGGAAAAAAAUGAGGUCCUCAUAAAGGCAUCUGUUACAAGUAUUCAUCUAGGGGCCAGUAAAUGGCUUUAUUCAUCUUGAAUUCAUGAGAAGCAAAAUUGGUUUACCUGUUUUGUAUGCAAAUUGCAUAAGAAGAUCUAUACUGGUAUAUUUUAAAUACCAAAUUGAGAUGCACAUAUUGUUCCUGUAACACUAGAGACAAAGUUGGCUUUUUUGAGUCACUAUAUAAUUUUUUAAAAAUAAACAUCUGUUUUGAUACAUAUUUCUUGUUGGCAUUAAUUGUACUUGUUCAUCGUAUACUUCUCUUGAGUCUUUAUAUGGUGAUACUUAUGUUCGCAAGAGCCAUUCUGACAUCUGGCAUUUAUUCUACC